UAUUUUGAAGGAUGAAGAAGACCCUUUUUUUUUGGGUGGAAGUCAGGCUCCCUUUAAAUACGGCCUAAUACUGCUGAGCAGGGUUGUGAGGCCCUAAAAACAUCUUCCUACCAUUCCUGGAAUUCUACCUUGCAACAUGUCCCUAUCCUUUAAGAGAAAGGGAGGAGACAAAAAGGAGACAGAGAGAAGCUGAAGCUGACUCAAAGAUCUGACUGGACCUGAGCAGUGCCCCAGGGAGAAUCCAUUUGAAAAAAAAAAAAAUGUGCUCAUGUGAAUGGACAAGAAGGAGAUGGCUUUAGAUCUCAUAUGCUCUAAACAAAAAGUUAUGCUGAGAGGGAAACUGACUUGUCAUGAAGUCAGCUUUGUUCCGUUGCUAUGCGUCAUCCCUGCUAAUGGUGAGUUUACCUAGGGCAGAGGCUACCAUCUCAACCAUGAAGCUGAAGACACAGGCAUCCGUAUUCUACAGCUAAUUCAGUUGAUUUCAUCUCAGCACACAUACAUUGAGCACUUCCUAAGAGCAAGGUUGACCGACAUUUUUAUUAGCAAUAAUCUCUGCCUUCUUCUGAUUCUCUAGAGAUUUAAGACCACAUAAUCAUCCUCUAUGUCACAGGGUCAAGGGAGUGGGGGAGGAAAUGGGCUAAGAGGUUCUAAAUCUCUCCUAACACUUGCUUCUUCCAAAUCAGCAAGAUUAGAGCAGUCAACAGCUGACUGCGUUCAGACCCUGCAGGCUGGGCUGGCCUGCCCAGGACCUGAGGAGGGGCAGCUCCAGUGGCAAUGUCUGAGCCCCUAGGUGUGCUGGUCCAGGCUGGCCUCUCUAAGACAGUGCAGGCCACGUGAUCCAUCCUCUGAGAGGCAGUGAACAGGUUAGGGACCCUACAACAGCCAGGAGGAAAAAGCAAGGAGUCCACUUUCCGCAGCCAUGCUGAAACAGAGCGAGAGGAGACGGUCCUGGAGCUACAAGCCCUGGAACACGACGGAGAAUGAGGGCAGCCAACACCGCAGGAGCAUUUGCUCCCUGGGGGCCCGUUCCGGCUCCCAGGCCAGCAUCCAAGGCUGGACAGAGGGCAACUAUAACUACUACAUCGAGGAAGACGAAGAUGGGGAGGAGGAGGACCAGUGGAAGGACGACCUGGCAGAGGAGGACCAGCAGGCAGAGGAGGUCACCACCGCCAAGCCUGAAGGCCCCAGCGACCCUCCGGCCCUGUUGUCCACGCUGAAUGUGAACGUGGGUGGCCACAGCUACCAGCUGGAUUAUUGCGAGCUGGCCAGCUUCCCCAAGACGCGCCUAGGUCGCUUGGCCACCUCCACCAGCCGCAGCCGCCAGCUAAGCCUCUGCGACGACUACGAGGAGCAGACAGACGAAUACUUCUUCGACCGCGACCCGGCCGUCUUCCAGCUGGUCUACAAUUUCUACUUGUCCGGGGUGCUGCUGGUGCUCGAUGAGCUGUGUCCACGCUGCUUCCUGGAGGAGCUGGGCUACUGGGGUGUGCGGCUCAAGUACACGCCACGCUGCUGCCGCAUCUGCUUCGAGGAGCGGCGCGACGAGCUGAGCGAACAGCUCAAGAUCCAGCACGAGUUGCGCGCCCAGGCGCAGGUCGAGGAGGCGGAGGAACUCUUCCGCGACAUGCGGUUCUACGGCCCGCAGCGGCGCCGCCUCUGGAACCUCAUGGAGAAGCCAUUUUCCUCGGUGGCCGCCAAGGCUAUCGGGGUGGCCUCCAGUAUCUUCGUGCUCGUCUCCGUGGUGGCGCUGGCGCUCAACACCGUGGAGGAGAUGCAGCAGCACUCGGAGCAGGACGAGGGCAGCCCAGACCUGCGGCCCAUCCUGGAGCACGUGGAGAUGCUGUGCAUCGGCUUCUUCACACUCGAGUACCUGCUGCGCCUAGCCUCCACGCCCGACCUGAGGCGCUUCGCGCGCAGCGCCCUCAACCUGGUUGACCUGGUGGCCAUCCUGCCGCUCUACCUUCAGCUGCUGCUUGAGUGCUUCACGGGCGAGGAUCACCAACGCGGCCAGACGGUGGGCAGCGUGGGUAAGGUGGGUCAGGUGUUGCGCGUUAUGCGCCUCAUGCGCAUCUUCCGCAUCCUCAAGCUGGCGCGCCACUCCACUGGACUGCGCGCCUUCGGCUUCACACUGCGCCAGUGCUACCAGCAGGUGGGCUGCCUGCUGCUCUUCAUCGCCAUGGGCAUCUUCACUUUCUCUGCGGCUGUCUACUCUGUGGAGCACGAUGUGCCCAGCACCAACUUCACCACCAUCCCCCACUCCUGGUGGUGGGCCGCGGUGAGCAUCUCCACCGUGGGCUACGGAGACAUGUACCCAGAGACCCACCUGGGCAGGUUUUUUGCCUUCCUCUGCAUUGCUUUCGGGAUCAUUCUCAACGGGAUGCCCAUUUCCAUCCUCUACAACAAGUUUUCUGAUUACUACAGCAAGCUGAAGGCUUAUGAGUAUACCGCCAUGCGUAGGGAGAGGGGAGAGGUGAACUUCAUGCAGAGAGCCAGAAAGAAGAUAGCUGAGUGUUUGGUUGGAAGCAACCCACAGCCCACUCCAAGACAAGAGAAUUAAUAUUUUAUAGGACAUGUGGCUGGUAGAUUCCAUGAACUUCAAGGCUUCGUUGCUCUCUUUUUUUUAAAUCAUUAUGAUUGGCAGCAAAAGGAAAUGUGAAGCAGACAUACACAAAGGCCAUUUCGUUCACAGAGUUCUGCCUCUAGAAGUACUCAUUUUGGCCCAAACUCAGAAUGUCUCAUAGUGCUCUUUCGCUGUGUUGUGUGAAACAUCUGACCUUCUCAAUGACAUUGAUAUUGAAAACCUGAGAGAAGCACAGCUUAGAUUUUUCUUGUAGCUUCUCGUGGCAUCUAGCUCAAUAAAUAUUUUUGGACUUGAGUUGACUUGAGAAAAUUUUUUUUACUUUAAAUUUUUUUUAAAAUUCUUAACUUUCCAGAGAGAGGGAGUGUUACAGCAGGAAUUAUACAAGCUUUGGAGUUAGACCAACCUUAGUCAGAAUCCCAGAGCUACCAGCUGUACGGUUUUAGGCAAGUGACUCUAACCCUUUAAGCCUCAGUUUCUUCAACUGUAAAAUGUAGGCAAUACUCACCCUGCCAGCCUGAGCAACAUAGUGAGACCCUGCCUCUACAAAAACUUAUUAAAAAUUAUCUGGGUGUGCUGGCCCACACCUGUAGUCCCAGCUACUUGGAAGACUGAGGUGAGAUCACUUGAGCCCAGGAGUUUGAGGUUAGAGUAAGCUAUAAUCACAUCACUGCACUCCAAUCUAGAUGGCAGAGUAAGACCCUGCCUCAAAUAAAUAAAUAAAUAAAUAAAUAAAUAAAUAAAUAAAACCACCUGCCUUGUAAAAUGAAUCUGGGGAUAAUAGAUAUGUGUAAAUGCUCAAUAAACGAUAGCUAUU